AGGUUUUAUACUCUCAUGGUGCUAUCGACUGCACUAUUCGGAAAGCCAGCAUUUCGAAAUCUGAUUUGCAAUGGUCUUGUGCUUGCUGAGGAUGGGAAAAAGAUGAGUAAGAGUGAAAAGAAUUAUCCGCCUCCUCUGGAAGUCAUAGAUGAGUAUGGAGCUGAUGCUGUGCGAUUGUACCUCAUAAACUCUCCGGUCGUACGCGCUGAGCCACUACGCUUCAGAAAGGAAGGAGUACUUGGUGUUGUCAAAAAUGUAUUUCUUCCAUGGUACAAUGCAUACAGAUUCCUUGUUCAGAAUGCAAAGAGGCUUGAGAUUGAGGGUUCUGGACCAUUUGUUCCUACUGAUCUAGCUACUUUACGUUCAUCAAACGUUCUCGAUCAGUGGAUUCACUCAGCUACCCAGAGUCUUGUUUGUUUUGUCCGCCAGGAGAUGGAUGCUUAUCGGCUUUAUACUGUUGUUCCUUAUCUUUUGAAGUUCCUGGACAAUCUCACUAACAUAUAUGUUAGAUUCAACCGCAAGAGGUUAAAAGGCCGUACAGGAGAAGAUGAUUGUCACAUUGCUCUUUCAACUCUAUACAAUGUGCUCCUCACUUCUUGCAAAGUGAUGACCCCUUUUACACCUUUCUUCACUGAGACGUUAUACCAGAAUCUGCGGAAAGCAUGUGAAGGUUCUGAGGAAAGCAUUCAUUACUGCAGUUUUCCGGAAGCGGAUGGAACGAGAGUGGAGAGGAGGAUUGAGCAAAGUGUUACAAGGAUGAUGACAGUCAUUGAUCUUGCUCGGAACAUUCGUGAGCGUCACAAGCUACCCUUGAAAUCUCCUCUAAUGGAAAUCACUGUAGUUCAUCCAGAUGCAGAGUUCUUGGAUGACAUAACUGGAAAACUAAGAGAGUAUGUCUUGGAAGAGCUUAACGUAAGAUCUCUUGUGACAUGCAAUGAUACUCUGAAGUAUGCGUCUCUAAAAGCAGAACCAGAUUUCAGUGUAUUGGGAAAACGGCUUGGGAAGUCAAUGAGGCUUGUUGCAAAAGAAGUUAAAGAAAUGUCUCAGCAAGAUAUCUUAAGAUUCGAGGAGGCCGGAAAAGUUACUCUUGAUGGACACACGCUGGAGCUAACAGAUAUCAAGAUUGUCAGGGUUUUCAAACGUCCGGAUGGUUUGAAAGAUACGGAGAUUGAUGCAAAUGGAGAUGGUGAUGUUUUGGUGCUUUUGGAUCUACGACCAGAUGAUUCGUUGUAUGAAUCAGGUGUUGCUCGUGAGAUUGUCAAUAGGGUCCAAAAACUAAGGAAGAAGUCAGGUCUGGAACCAACAGACGUUGUGGAAGUGUACAUUGAAUCAUUGGACAAGGAUGAAUCUGCUUUGCAACAAGUUCUGAGCUCUCAGGAACAAUACAUUAAGGAUACAAUUGGUUCAUCUUUGCUUCCGUCUAGGUUGAUGCCAUCUCAUGCAGUGAUAUUAUCUGACGAUAGUUUCCAAAACGUUUCAAAGCUGUCGUUUAAGAUUAGCUUGGCUCGUCCGGCUUUGAAGUUCAACUAAGAUACCAUUCUUGCCUUGUGUUCAGAUAACUGUAAGCUGCGUUAAGAAGCUGCCAGUGGUGAGUGUGGUCCUUGGAGACCAUCUUCAUUUGACAGUCGGGGACUACUUGUUGAGCACGACCAACAUCAUGAGGACCCUAUGUCACACCAUGACACCAUCCAUCUUUUUUUUCUUUAGUACUUCGUUUCCUUUUGCAACCCUAUGGCUUUCUCGGAUCUCAUAUUCUCAUUUACUACUUAUGAGUAAUGAUCUUUUACGACUGCUGUACAAAACUACAAAUAUCAUUUUCUGACUACAAAUUGAGCAGUCGACAUCAAAAACAUGUUGCGAUUUUUUAUU